GGGAAGUUGUGUUUACGACAUCAGGUGCAUUCAAGUCACUUUCGUCAGAGCAAGAUGGCGGUGUACCUUAUCUUCAUUUACUACACAAAUGUACAGCAAGGUUUUUGAAAUCUACUUAUCGAAAAUGAAGAACAAAGAAUGUGCAUCAGCUGAUCCUCCUCCCAAGACAGAAAGAUUCUUUGGCAUUUCCAGACAGGACUUCUUUCUUGAAAAAAUGUUUAAAUGUUUCCUGCUUACAUGCAGUCCAGUAAAGAUACGUUUGAUUUUAAAAUAUUACAUUACAUCAAGACACAUUCUGUAUUUUAAUCUUUACAGUUUCCUUCCUCCAUGUGUUACAUUUGCACAUUUACAAAUAUAAAUUAUAUAUAGAACGGUGAAAUAUUUUUUUUAACAAUUUGGUCUGUCGCUAUUGUAUUGUAAACUGCACAUUUUGAAAUAAAAAUGAUCUACAAUAAAAAUAAAAAACAUUUAACAUUUAAUGCAAAAAUACAUUCAUGAAUAACAUUGGCUAAAGAAAUGGAUAAAGGCUAAAGAAAUGGAUUGUGAGAUAAGAUUUAGAAAACAGGUUUUGGCAGUACAGAAAUGCUAGACUAUAAAAGGAAGUUAAAAGACAGAGAAGGCAGUGACUGAGAGAGGAAGGCACAGAAACAAGGUGCUUUGCACAGGUUUCACAACUGUUUGGCAAGAGCUAUAGACUCUGGAUUUAGGAAAAGAGAAAAUAAGUUUUAGCACACUUUAAAAUGAUUAAGCAAUGCAGGAUAUGAAAAAGGAUAACCGGAAAUGAGAGACUAUGGAGGAACAAACAGAAAAGAGCGAUGUGAGGGAUGGUCAACAGAAUGACAUCCCACUACUGCAGUCUAUGCUACUGAAACUUAUGAGUCCAAAAAAACGUGUCGACCAUCCAAAAAGAAGUACUUCCAAAUCACAUGCGCAUCCAGAUACAACUUCUCAAAGCAUGUUUUACCAAUCUCUGGAGUCUGAAGAUAUAGCAAAUGAAGACAGGAACGAUUUGGAUAGCACAGUCAGAUCUGAGGAUGAUGAGAAACAACCAACAAGUAGCUCUGAAACAGAAGAUGGAAAUGAAAUGGUUGAAGAGAGAAAGAGCCCUCUCCCUAUACAAACACAGGCAGAAGAAUCAAGUCGGGAGCCAAAAGAAAGUGAAUUGCUGGUGGACAAAAAUAAUAAAGAGCCUAGCAUGGAGGAGCACAUGGCUGGAGCCGCAUCAUUGCUUAACAAUCCGCCUCAAGAAUCAUCUGCACACACGUCUCACCUCUCGAUGUCCUCAGAUAGAUGUGACACUGCACAGAUGGAGUUUAAGCAUGAACAACUAAAUGAGGCUUGUGGUGGUCCCUCAAAACCAGUAGGUAUGGACACAAGCAGUGUUCUGACCCAUCAAACUGUUGUGAGCAUUACAAGCAGGACAGCAAGAUCUGCUUCAGAUCCAGUAGCCCAGAAGCCUAAGGAAGAGAGACCCCUCUCAGCUCCAAGUAUUUCAGACCUACGGGAAUAUGAAAACAUUGCAAAUGCAAUGAAAAGGUUCAGCAAAGCUGCUGUGGUUUUGGGAUGGGAGGAUUCAGACAUGAGUUUCGGGGGUAUGGAACAGGAGAACUCGCAUGCCAAAACACAAAAGAAGGGCGUGAAAAACAAGAUGAAGAAUCUUACUCAUAAACUGAUGGAAAAGUUGAAAGAAAAACGUGAUUGUGAGCAGGCUGACAGCAAGAGCAUCCAAGACAGUGGGGAAGAAGAGGCACAAUGUCUAAAUUCCAUGGAGAUAGAGGUCGAGGCUGCAGAGGCUCCUCCACCACUUCCACCAAAAAAGGGGAAAUAUGUUUUCUUAGACAGAAAAUUUACCUUAAAAGACUUCAAACUCGAUCUUGAACCGAUCAACUUAAUGGAGGAAAUAUUCACAGGAAACGAAUGGCUCAGUUACCUGCCCAGCAAAACCAGUCCAGCAGAGAAAGACACUAGUGAUCAACCAAUGACAAAUGAUGUUGUCCAAACAGAAAAAAAAACUCAGCUCACUAUUCCGCUUUUGACACCAGAGCAGGACAAAUCAGAGGACAUAAAGAACAAUCAAGAGGAUGUUAGUGAUGCUCAACAGGACAAUGUAGCAGAAGUGAACAGUGACUCACAUGUAAGACAAAUGAAACAGGAUGCAAAAACUUUUGCUAUUCCUAAGGCACUGCUAACAAAUAAUGCAAUAAAACAAAUGGCAUGUGGGAUGGACUGCGAGUCAAAGAAAUCAGGUGACAUCUAUGACCAUUUGGACAUGUAUAUUAUUCCCAAAAAUGAUUUAAAAUUAAUGAAAAGAAAGUCGUCGGAUGCUCCGCCGAUGGACUUUUCAGCAGUCAAGUCAUUUGAAUUGCUGGACAACUCUGCUCUCAAAAGUCGAAUCCGUCUCAGCAAAAAGAGACCCCACAAACCCCGCAAAAAAGUAAAAAUAGAAAAGUCAAACGCCAAAUUCUACAAAAUUCCCGAAGUCAUCCCGAAUGAAACCCCAGUCAGUGCAUCUCUACCAUUUAAAAGCAUCCCCUUUUCCAAGUCUCCUCCUCUGCAUUCACCACUAUUUCCAGAUCACACCUGACCAGUCACAUGACUGCUCUAUCAUCAGUUUUCAGGUCUAUAAAGUCACAUGAAACCCACAUCAAAGCACAAGCAGAGAAAGACCACGUUGUAUUAAAGCAAUUUCUUUAUUCAAUCAGAAUAAUGUGAUCGUUGUAUUAAUGUUACAGUAUGUCUGGUUUUCUACCUCCUCAGCAGAUUAAAGGACACUUUGACUCUAAAGACUGGAAAAUUCAAAAUUGAAGUUAGAGGAAAAAGUGUUUUACUGAAAUGACAGUGAGUUUGGAUUGCACUGAAUUAAGAAGAUAGGGAUGUUACAGUGGAUAAUGGUGAUCACAUCCUAUUUUACCAUUUGCUUGAAAAUCCCUUUUUUUAUUCACCCUAACAAUUAGUUUUAUAAUAAAAGUUAUAAAUAUGAUGAUUUAACAUGUUAAUAUAUAGGAAAAAUGGAAUUUUGUAUUAUUUUGCAUUUUAAGUUAAUAAUACACCUGUUCAUGUAUAACUGCUGAUUAACUGUAAAGCACAGUCAUUCUUUUAGCAUAUGACAAUGUGAUUUAUUAUGUGAAAUAUCAUGUAAUAUUAGAUUUUUUGUGUGGCUUUUCGAUUUUACUAAUGAACUGUAAAUCAACAAGCUAUUAAUUAUUGUACUUAAUGUGAGAAUUCUGUCUAAUGAAAUUCUGCAGUAUUUAAAACCUGACUAAAGGAUGACUUUGAAGUAUUUAAGUAUUCUUAAUCAGUAGUCCUUAAUCAGACACACAAUAAA